GGCGACGAGCGCGAAUCAUCCUCGCCGAGAUUGGCGCCCUGACCAAAGAGGCCGAGAUGCUCCAGGCCCGGACCGAGUCUACGCUGCAGCUGCUCGUCGCCUCGAUCGGGCUCGCCCAGAGCGCGCUCGUCAUCGGCCAGACGUCAGGCAUCAACAAACUCACAGAGCUCGCCUUCAUCUUCAUCCCGCUCUCCUUCAUCACCUCGGUCUUCUCCAUGCAGGUGGCCGAGAUGACGGCGGAUCCCCCCGGGAUGUGGGUCUGGGGCGUGACGCUCGCCGCCGUCUUCGUCGCCACGUACGGGAUCCGCCUGUUCCUGCGCUCGCCCAGCGUGCGCCACGUCGGCGCCCGCGCGCGCGCCACCGUCAUGAACCGCUUCACGUCGCCCUCGUCGGCCGCGGCGCCGAACCGGCUCAACAGCCUCAGCGCGCGCGCCGUCGCGCGCUUCGUCUGCGCCGCCCUCGUGACCUACGCCAUCUUCGUCCCCGUCGGCCUCGCCCUCGCGUGCGUGUACCUGGCCACCUACCUGGUCUGGCUCGCGGCCGCGGCCGCGUCCGUGUACGUCGCGGCCUCGCGCUGGCCCGACCCCCUGGCCGCGGGGCUCGGCCUCGGCUUCGGGCUGCCGCUCUCGGCACUCGGCCUCUGGCUCAGGGUCCGCCUCGCGGGCCCUAUCGAUGACGCUAUCGAGCGCGUCAUGAGCUUUGAGCGGCUGUCCAGGGUGAUGACUCGGGUCCGCGACCGCCUGCUGCCGAACAAGUGGUUCUACGACAAUGAGGACUCGGACCUGUCGAGGGAGGGGUACAGCACAGGCGCGAGGCAGCAGAUUGUGGGCACGUAGGCGAAGGGCGGGUAGGGUGGCAUAUAGUAGCAUGUAUUUGAGGAGCAGAACAAAUACAAAAAUCCAGCAAGAAGCUGUGGUAACCAGGUCAUUCACGGAACACGCUCCUGCUAGGGUUGGCGAAAACGUGCAAAUAGGGCCCCAGUAGGACCCAUGGGUUUUGGGCCCAGCGGAAAACCCAAAUGGGGACCCAAAUCUGGGGGUUUGGCGCGUGGUUUGGGAUUCGCCAAGGUGUUCGUUUAGCUCCCACUGUACCCGCAUGUCCGAGCUCAGCUCCAAAAGCCACGUUCCCUCCCGCCUUCCCUUUCCCAUGGCCGUAACAUCGAGUACACAUAUAUGGAGCAGGCGUCCGAUGUAGGCAUCAAUUUUCUAUGCUUCCGCUGCAUCGUCAGCGUGUCCACGCAAAGACGCAUCAGGGCUCGGCGCUCAUGGUGGGUCUGCCCGAAAAGCGUAGAACUCCCUCCUGUGCUUGUGUUCACUUGCACCUUUCAUCCUUUCCUUUUUGUUGUCAUCUCUUCACAGUUCGACUAUACGCCCUUGGGCCUUUUUUUUUUCGAGGUUCGCAAUAUAUUAUGUAUUCCCUUCUUCUGUGCUGCUCUAUCCUCAGCUGUUAGCACCGCUUCGCCCCCUCCGAUAGCCACUUCCUAUCCAGCACCUUGUUGCUUGUACCGGCUCCUGAUGCGGGGCCGGAUGUGGUGUGUUCGCCUCAGUGCUACCCUCUCGCUCCCAUUCUAUUAGUAUCAGUCUGUGAGUCCCGUCCUG